GUAACUUUCUCAUAGCCGUCACACCCUCCAUCGCCGAUAGACAACUUACAUCCACACCUUCACACCCACCAUGUUGCUCUUCUGCCCAACAUGCAGCAACAUGCUGCGCGUCUCACGCGUCCCCCCAGGAGACCCGACAAUCGAGCAAUACGUGGGCCAAAACCGCUUCGAGUGCCUAACCUGUCCGUACCACUUCGUGAUAAACAAGCGCUACUACGAGCGCAAGUACCUGAAGAAGAAGGAAGUCGAGGAUAUUCUGGGCGGGAAGGGCGCGUGGGAUAAUGUGGAUAAGACGGAAGUGCAAUGCCCCAAUGAAAAGUGCCGCAACGACCAAGCGUACUGGUACCAGCUGCAGAUUCGCAGUGCGGACGAGCCGAUGACUGCGUUCUACAAGUGCACAAAGUGCGCCAAGGAGUGGCGCGAGUAGGCCACAUGGAGGAAGGAACUUGCAUACAAGGAGUUUUCGGAGCAGAAACACUGCAUUUGAUUUGGAAAUACCCCGGUUGUCUUACUCUUACAAUACCAACCCCUGCGUUUACG